CGUGCCCAAGCUAGUAUCGUGUGUCGCGAACAAAAUGGAGCGUUCUCUACCCGGCUGAGAGCUAAAGUUGUUUAUUUUUAUCAUGUGUUUUGCUCUGUUGCGUUGAGUAUUUAGUGUAUUUUAGUUCAUUGUAAGUUUUUACUCGCACAAAUGGGAUUCAAAAUGUGGUGGACGAUACUUCUGGGCGCGUUAAUGGCGUCAGACUACAGCACUGCGAUAACUGUCCAGUGCCCCACCAAAAGGUAUGUGGUGAUCCUGUUUCAACCCGUGACCCUGAUUUGCAACUACCAGACCUCGUCCACCCAGCCCCCUGUGGUGUUGUGGAAGUACAAGUCCUAUUGUAGGGAUCCAGUGCAGGCUGCUCUGAACCCGAGCAGUGCGGACAACAUCCUGGCUCAGAACAACCCCAACUAUGACCCCAACAUCGAGUGUGCAGAUUCCCAGCGGACUGUGCGAAUCGUGGCUUCUAAAGACAACACUGCAGUCACUCUGGGCCCAGAAUACCAAGGACGCAAGAUCAGCAUCGUAAACCAGGCUGAUCUGAACAUAGCACAGACUGCAUGGGGAGACAGUGGGGUUUACAUCUGCACCGUCACUUCUUCCUCAGACCUCACAGGAAACCCAGAAGACUACACUGAACUCAUUGUACUCGAGAGAAAGUCAAAUACCACUGAUCUUCUGCCUGAGGUUGACUUACUGGUUAUGGAAGACUGGCUCCUGGUGGUCCUGGUGGUCCUGGGUUUCUUGUUGUUACUUCUGCUCAUUGGGAUCUGCUGGUGCCAGUGCUGCCCUCACACCUGCUGCUGUUACAUCAGCUGCCCGUGCUGCCCUGACCGCUGCUGCUGCCCCCGAGCCUUGUACGAGGCGGGUAAAGCCGUGAAGAAGGGCAUGGCCAGUCAGUACGCUGCCACCCUGUACGCCCCCAGCAUGUAUGGACAGCCUGCCUACAGUGGGAUGAACCAGCCUGCCAUGCCCAUGCUUCCCAUACCCAACGGCAUGGGGGGUCCACCUCCUAACAACUAUGGACGAGACUAUGACGGAGCCAGUUCAGUGGGCCAAGGCUCCCAGGUGCCUUUGCUUCGGGACCAAGAUGGCGGAGGAGAUCAUACUCGCAGUGGGUAUCGCAUCCAGGUGGAUCCCGAGGGGAAUGCCACUCGAGCCAUUUACUACAUGGAGAGAGAACUGGCCAACCUGGACCCAAGCAGACCUGCCAAUUACAACCGCUUGGACAACAUGAGCGAGGUGAGCUCUCUCCAUGACAGUGACAGGAGCAGACUGGCAGGGCGCUCUCAGCCUCCAGCCCUGUCCACCGUGUACGACAGGGACGAGGCCAUGAGCACCAUCAGCAGUGUGUCCCAGCACGUGAACCGCCGCCCGGACGACCGCAGGGGUGGAGACUAUCGCGGCCGCUCUCGCUCCAUGGACAACCUUGAUGACAUUGGGCGAGGAUCUGACCGCGAUGACUAUCGCCGCCGCCCUGAGGAGCCCCGGGGAAGGAGAGGCUCUGACGAUGAAUGGAGCACCAGCGCUCGUGGUGGGUAUGACCGUGGAUACGAUCGUGUCUAUGACGACCGCAGGGGGAGGGACUACUCUCCGGAGGACCGCCACAGAGGGAGAGGGGCAGACAGCGCUCUGGCGGGCAGACGCAGCCGUAGCCGUGAUGACCUGAUGGACCUGGAGAAGGACCGGCGCUAUGGGGGCGGAGCCAGAGGGGGGCGUGACGAUUAUGACGACAGCAUCCUGCGAGAGGCCAUGGAGAGGAAGAGGCUGGGCGAGCAGCAGAGGGCGCGCAGCAGGGAGAGACUGGACAGUGAGAGUGACCGCUCGGACAUGGGCAGAUCCAGACCACCACCUCUACCCUCCAACCCCCCCUCAGGCUUCCCUGGUCGCCGUGAUGACUUCCCCCCUCCUCUCCCUCCCCCCUACAGUGAUAACGAAAGUGUGUCGUCUUCAAAGAAAAGUAAUCUUCGCAAGAAUGGAGCUGUUAGUCGGGAAAGUCUGGUGGUGUAAACAUUAAGUAUCAUGAUUCAGGACCAUCUUCAAUCCGACCAACUGUAAAUAAGAUUAUCACAGUUUAGAUUCAUGCUAUGCUUUUUUUUUUUUUUUUUUUUUUUUUUUUUCUUACUGACAUUUGUAUUUGAAUUCAUGAUGUAUUUUUUGUAUUUUAAGUUUUAAAACAUUGUGGCUGCCACAUGUGCCUUAACCUGUACAGAAGGUGUGAAAGUUGAUGUCUGUGUGUGUGGAUGCAUUGGUUUUUAAAUGUAAUUUCUUAAUGACUUUCUGUGUUGUACCGCUACAUCUCUGUGUAUCGGGGAUAGAUUUAUAUAUGAACAAGUUUUAAAAACAUUUUUAUACAAAAAAGCAGAUCUAUUUUAGUAAUGUAGUUACACUAUUGCUAAGUUUUAAAUGUGCUCAGUAUUUUCCGUCUGUAUUUUGUACAGCCUUGGAAUGGAAACAGAUUUACCAUUUAGUUAAUUAAUUGAUUUAAUUUUUUGAAAAUGCUUUUUACAAUAAAUGUCUUUCUUUGCCACUAGAUGACACCAUUUCCCUUAGCUCAAAACAGUCAAAUUUACUGAUGUUUCUGUACUUUGUUUACAUAAGUCCUUAAUUUAGUCAAAUAAAAACAAAUCUGACUGUGAUUCUGCA